AUGCCAAUCACAGAACUCGCAACCCUCUCGUUGAUCCCCCCCAAUAAUCUCUCCGACCCGCACAUAGUAAAUCUUUUCUUCAAAGUUUCUUCCUGGCAAAGAUCCUCUUCGGGUUACCCGUUAUGCUUCUUCAUAAAUCCGGAAGAGCCUGCUGAGAUCUACCUCAUCACUGGAUGGGACGACGUGCGCGCACAUGAAAAAUGGAUAGCAAGCUCCAGAAAUCAGGAGCUUCUUUAA